ACUGAAGUCCAGUGCAUUCUGGGAUAUAUGAACUACAAUGGCGGUUAAACAACAGGCGUGUUAUGCUCUUACACUGACGUCUUUACUUUUAGCACUACUACAUCAAACGUGUCGGACUUUUGCUGAAGAAUUGAAGUGGGAUCAGAAUGGCUACGUUUUGUACUGUCCGUGCAUGGGUCGCUUUGGAAACCAGGCAGAUCACUUCCUGGGAUCUCUGGCCUUUGCAAAGAUGUUGAACCGAACCCUGGCAGUCCCUCCCUGGAUAGUGUACCGACACCACGCAGCCCCUUACGCCAAUGUCCAUGUCCCCUACAGUGAGUUCUUCCAGCUGGAGGCUUUGUCUGCCUUCCACCGUGUGGUCAGUUUGGGGGACUUCAUGGAGAAGCUGGCUCCUAAAAACUGGCCCUCCGGACAAAGGAAAGCCUACUGCUUUGAGACGGCAGCACAGCGGAGUGCAGACAAGAAAUCCUGCCCCAUGAAGGAUGGGAACCCCUUUGGUCCGUUCUGGGACUAUGUCGGUGUGGAAUUUGACACGUCUGUCUUGUUUGGUGGCAUUUCUUUUAGCGCCCACCACCAACCUCUGUGGAUGAAGAAGUUCCCUGCCUCUGAGCACCCGGUCCUGGCACUGCCCGGGGCUCCUGCCCAGUUCCCAGUGACAGAGGAGCAUGUGGGCCUGCAGCGCUACGUGGUGUGGUCAGACAACAUGGUAGAGGAGGGAGAAAAGCACAUCGCUACUCUGCUGACUAGGCCGUACGUUGGCAUUCACUUGAGGAUUGGCAUUGACUGGCAAAAUGCCUGCAAAAUGCUGAAGAAUGGUGAAGCAGGGCCUCACUUCAUGGCCUCUCCUCAGUGUGUCGGCUACAACCGCCUGACAGCUUUGCCUCUAACAAUGACUAUGUGCCUUCCUGACCUGGCAGAGAUCCGCAGGGCCGUAAAGCUGUGGGUGAAGAAGACCUCUGCCCGCUCUGUCUACAUCGCCACUGACUCAGAAUCCCACAGUAUGGAAAUUGAAAAGCUCUUUGAGGGUCAGGUGAAAGUGGUGAGUCUUCAGCCAGACUCGGCCCAAACGGACCUGUACAUCUUAGGCCAAGCCGAGCACUUCAUCGGCAACUGUGUCUCCUCCUUUUCCGCCUUUGUGAAGAGACAGCGGGACGUCCAUGGCCUCCCAUCCUCCUUCUUUGGCAUGGACAAGCCUGGGAAAUUAAAUCCCAAAGAAGAACUCUGAGCACUCGGGGUCACAUGGUCGUCCUGGAGGACUGUAAUGAGGAGGAGCAUGUGGAAGGCAGAGAAUAUUUAUAUGUGAUGCGAUGGUUCUGGAAGGCCGGUCCUAUUUUAGAAUAGGUUUUAAUCUGUGAGGAAGCAGGAAGAGCUUAUAAAAUAUAAUGCAGUCGGUCAGUAGUGUCUGUGAAAUGUGCGGUAUGGACACUGCUGCUUCCAAGAAAAACUAUAUUUGUUUGUAUUUUGUAUUUGUACCUGCUCAAAAUUUGACUUUGAUCUGCUUGUAUUUACUAUAUUCAAGCACUGAACACACAGUUUCCUUAACAUUUCCUUCAGCUACUGCCAUACUGUCUGUGGCUAUAGUGUCUGUGUGCUUUGCCAUCCAGACAUAUUAGCAAGUCCUCUGGUGACCUCAGUGAACCCUGGAAAAGACUGCAGUGCCAGCGAUCAUGUUCUCCCUCUCUCUUUUGCCCGCUUCUCUUUCUCUCCCCACCUUUCCAUCCCUCCAUGUCUUUUCCAGCUUGCUCUUUCCUUUCCUCUCUGCCCUACAUUCCAAGGAGAGCACAGUAACUGAUAUUCCUGUACAUACUAAUUAUAGGGAGGAAAAUUCCACCUCCCAAUUUACCAGGACCAAAACACUGAAUAAAUGUGUGGAACCCUGUAGUGAAUGUUGUGGGGACAGUGUUACUAUUCAUUGAAUGUGAACAAAUAUUUCAGGGAUGAUUUAGGAAGACAAAAGAGGGGAUUUGCACAGGUUGAAUUGAACAAGAGUGGGGAAUGUGUGGCAAGCUAAUUGUGUUCCUCUGCAGUAAAUGCAAUUAUUUUAAAGUCGAAUGUUUUCUAUAAUGUUUUUCACCAAUAAAGUGACACAUUUUUUUAAAGAAC